CCUCGUGAGCAAUGGCUCGGCGCGCGCUGCUGCUGCUGCUCCUGCUGCUGGCGGUGUGGACGCGGCCCGGCCAACGGGUUCCCAGGGCUGAGGCCCGGGCCGCGCCCUAUGGGGUGAAACUGUGCGGCCGUGAGUUCAUUCGCGCAGUCAUCUUCACCUGCGGGGGCUCGCGGUGGAGACGCGCGGACGCCCUGGAGCACGCGGCCGCCGAUGCCUUCGAGGAUGAAGAUGGCAAUGCAGACAGCCUGGCCAGAGAGCUGGAUGAUGCUGUGGGCUCCAGCGAGUGGCUGGCCCUGGCCAAGUCCCCCCAGGCCUUCUAUGGUGGCCGACCCAGCUGGCAGGGUGCCCCUGGGACUCUUCGUGAUAGCCGGGACAUCCUGGCUGGGCUCUCCAGCACCUGCUGCAAGUGGGGGUGCAGCAAGAACGAGAUCAGCAGCCUCUGCUAGGCCAAGGCUGGCCAGCCAGAGAUACAGGCAGUCAUGUCUCAGCCCUGCCAUCCUCAGCCUUUGUCCCCCAGGCCUGUCUUUCCAAUCUUCAUGCAUCUGCAGGACCCAGAAGCAUGGGCCAUGGCUUGGGUCACCAUACAUCCAGCAUCCAGCCCUGACCUCAGACUCCCCCUCCCCGCACUGUGCCUCGAGACAGCUGCACCCCUACUGAGCCCUCGGAGACCCUGCCCUCUCCACCUGGCCCUCAUGGACCCCUGCUACUCCCUGGUCCCCAAUGUACCCAAAGUGGCCACUCUGAGCCCCUGGCUCUGGCCCCAGUGCAAACCAGCUGCCCCCUCUUCUCUGGCGCCAGCCCCUCUCCUGUCCUGCUGCUGCUGGUGGGGUCCCGGAUUCCCAGGACGUCACAAAUGGGGAGGAGGGCGCUGUGGGCGCAGGAACCUUCCCGGCCCGGAUAAUAAAAGUUACAG